AGCCGAGGCUAGUGUGGGACAUCGCCACCCGCCAGGCCCAAGCGAGGAGCCGCGGAGCCAGAGGAGAGCGGAGGGGGCGGCGGGGCUGGGGCGCGGUGGGUCCCCUCGCCGCCCACUGCGCGCUCGAACCCCCGGGCCCCCGCGAGUCGAGGGUGGCACCGGGUGUUAAUGCGGGGAAUGUGAGAGGCAGCGCAGGGCUUGAGGAGGAGGGGAGCGGGAGAGGGCGGUGGCGAGACAGACGGAGAGGCAGCGGGAGAGACCGAGGAAGGGGUUGGGGUCAGGUGGGAGAAAGGAGAGCCAACACAGGAGAGGCAGUGACAGAAAAGGGGGAAAGAAAGGAGAGCGCGCGGCUGCGGGCGGCGGCGCUGGGAGGAGGUAGAGGAGGAGGGAGCGGGAACCUCUGGGCGCGAGCGCCGGAAGCCGGUGUCCGGCUCCGUGGCCGGGGUUCGGGCUUGGAGGGAGGAGCGGGGACGCCCGCGGGGUCCCCUCUGGGAGCCACGGGGGACCUGAGGAGGAACUGGUCCAGGAGAGGAUGCAGGGCCGCGCGCCUGGAGCUCCGACCGGCCGGGGUAGUGGGGGGCCUUUGUGAGCGCCCCAGGAGGGCGAGAGUGCGGCGGCAGGGGUGUGUGCGCGCCCGGGUGUGCGCGUGUGUGCGCGAGUGUGAGCGGCCGGCGAGUGUGAGCGCGCGUUAGGGAUUCUGCUGGCAUCGCAGCGUGGAGAGCAGAAGGCAGGAGCCUGGCGCGCAGGGGAGCGCGGGACCCUCCCGCGCACACGCCGCGCGCUCGCUCUCUCUCUCACACACACACGCACACACACACACGCCCUUCCUGCUUCGCUCCUUGCUGCUGCCACCACCAUCUCCAAGCCUAGCCCUGCGGAGCGGGAACCCGAGUCGGAGCAGGGACCCGAGCAGAACCGAGCUGGGGGAUGAGGGCCCAGAGCGGAGCCGAGCGCGGACGGCGCGCCCGGGACGCCUUCUGCACCCACAGGCCCUGAGAUGCUGGUGCCCACGGCAUCGAGGGCAACUGACCCUGGCCCGCUGUGCUCACUGGACCCCGCUCAGCCUGAGGUGUCCCGCUGAAGAGCCCCUGAGCCCUGAGCUGCUGGAGGAGGACCCUGUGGCCAUGUCCUGGCGGCCUUGAGCCUGUGGGCUGCACGGCCUCCUGCCCACAUCUCCAGACCAGCUCCCGAGCCUGCUCUUCUCCCCACCCUCCUGGAGCUUCAGGACAGCAGAGAACAGCAGCAGUCACGUGCAUGCUGGGAACGCGAAGGACAGUUUGCUGCUCCCCAGGCCCCCAGAGGCCGGUCUGUUUGCCUCCAGGCACCAUCUGACCCAGGUGAGCGAGAGGAUGCUGGCGGGGGGCGCAAGGAGCAUGCCCAGCCCCCUCCUGGCCUGCUGGCAGCCCAUCCUCCUGCUGGUGCUGGGCUCGGUGCUGUCAGGCUCGGCCACAGGCUGCCCACCUCGCUGUGAGUGCUCGGCUCAGGACCGUGCUGUGCUCUGCCACCGCAAGCGCUUCGUGGCGGUGCCAGAGGGCAUCCCCACGGAGACACGCCUGCUGGACCUGGGCAAGAACCGCAUCAAGACCCUCAACCAGGACGAGUUUGCCAGCUUCCCGCACCUAGAGGAGCUGGAGCUCAACGAGAACAUCGUGAGCGCCGUGGAGCCCGGCGCCUUCAACAACCUCUUCAACCUCCGGACGCUGGGGCUCCGCAGCAACCGCCUGAAGCUCAUCCCCCUGGGCGUCUUCACAGGCCUCAGCAACCUGACCAAGCUGGACAUCAGCGAGAACAAGAUCGUCAUCCUUCUGGACUACAUGUUCCAGGACCUGUACAACCUCAAGUCGCUGGAGGUCGGCGACAACGACCUGGUCUACAUCUCCCACCGCGCCUUCAGCGGCCUCAACAGCCUGGAGCAGCUGACGCUGGAGAAAUGCAAUCUGACCUCCAUCCCCACCGAGGCGCUGUCUCACCUGCACGGUCUCAUCGUCCUGCGACUCCGGCACCUCAACAUCAACGCCAUCCGGGACUACUCCUUCAAGAGGCUGUACCGGCUCAAAGUCUUGGAGAUCUCCCAUUGGCCCUAUCUGGACACCAUGACCCCCAACUGCCUCUACGGCCUCAACCUGACGUCUCUGUCCAUCACACACUGCAAUCUGACCGCCGUGCCCUACCUGGCCGUGCGCCACCUGGUCUAUCUCCGUUUCCUCAACCUCUCCUACAACCCCAUCGGCACCAUAGAGGGCUCCAUGUUGCAUGAGCUGCUACGGCUGCAGGAGAUCCAGCUGGUGGGCGGGCAGCUGGCUGUGGUGGAGCCCUAUGCCUUCCGCGGCCUCAACUACCUGCGUGUGCUCAAUGUCUCUGGCAACCAGCUGACCACCCUGGAGGAGUCCGCCUUCCACUCGGUGGGCAACCUGGAGACUCUGAUCCUAGACUCCAACCCUCUGGCCUGCGACUGCCGGCUCCUGUGGGUGUUCCGGCGCCGCUGGCGGCUCAACUUCAACCGGCAGCAGCCCACGUGCGCCACACCCGAGUUCGUACAGGGCAAGGAGUUCAAGGACUUCCCGGAUGUGCUCCUGCCCAACUACUUCACCUGCCGCCGCGCCCGCAUCCGGGACCGCAAGGCCCAGCAGGUGUUUGUGGAUGAGGGCCACACGGUGCAGUUCGUGUGCCGGGCGGAUGGCGACCCGCCGCCCGCCAUCCUCUGGCUCUCACCCCGCAAGCACCUGGUCUCGGCCAAGAGCAAUGGGCGGCUCACGGUCUUCCCCGACGGCACGCUGGAGGUGCGCUACGCCCAGGUACAGGACAACGGCACGUACCUGUGCAUCGCAGCCAACGCGGGUGGCAACGACUCCAUGCCCGCCCACCUGCACGUACGCAGCUACUCGCCCGACUGGCCCCAUCAGCCCAACAAGACGUUUGCCUUCAUCUCCAACCAGCCGGGUGAGGGAGAGGCCAACAGCACCCGCGCCACCGUGCCUUUCCCCUUCGACAUCAAGACCCUCAUCAUCGCCACCACCAUGGGCUUCAUCUCCUUCCUGGGCGUGGUCCUCUUCUGCCUGGUGCUGCUGUUCCUCUGGAGCCGGGGCAAGGGCAACACGAAGCACAACAUCGAGAUAGAGUACGUGCCCCGGAAGUCAGACGCAGGCAUCAGCUCGGCCGACGCGCCCCGCAAGUUCAACAUGAAGAUGAUAUGAGGACAGGGCGGGGGGCAGGGACCCCCGGCGCGCCGGGCAGGGGAAGGGGCUUGGCCGCAGCUGCUCACUCCCCGGUCCUUCCCACCUCCUCCGUGCCCCUCCACACACUCUUUCUCCCUCCCACCCCCGCUGCCCCCCGCCAGCCCUCACUACCUGCCCUCUUUUUACCAGGACCUCAGAAGUCCAGGCCUGGGGACCCCACCUGCACAGGGGCUUGCAUUGACAAACUGGAGUGAAGAGCCAACGAACGACAGGCAGCAGAGUCAAUGAUUCAAUUAAAAAAAAAAAAGUUACGAACUUCCUCUGUAACUUGGGUUUCAAUAGUUAUGGAUUUUUAUGAAAACUUGAAAUAAUAAAAAGAGAAAAAAACUAUUUCCUAUAGCUAGUCGGAAUGCAAACUUUUGACGUCCUGAUUGCUCCAGGGCCUUCUUCCAACUCAGUUUCUUGUUUUUCUCUUCCUCCUUUCUCUUCUCUUCCCCUAUGGGGAGGGAUCACUCAGGAAAACAGGAAAGGAGGUUCCAGCCCCCACCCUCCCGCCCACGUGCUGGGGCGCCAUCAGGAGCAGGCAGGGUGGCAGGUCUGGGCGCUGCUCUGGGCUGGCUGGUUGCAGGGAGUGAGUGGAGGGGACAGGGCUGCCCAAUGGGGUUGGGGGCCUGUCUGCCAGGCAGCUCUACUGCGUGGAGGUUGGGGGAGUCUCAGCUCCCGUGUGGUUGGGACUCUGGACAGGGACUGGGGCCCUCCUGGGGGAUGGCACAGUCAGUGGAGAGAGCCAGGAGCCAAAGGCCGGCCUGACACCUGGCCUCUGGCCCCAGCUCUGCUGCUCACUUGCUGUGUAGCCUCAAGCGGGUCUCCUUUGGGCUCCUCUGGGCUCCUCUGGGCUUCAGGGUCCACAUCUGUACAAAUGGGAGCAUUCCUUGCCCUGCCUACCUCACAGGGCUGUUGUGAGGGACUGAUGAGAUGAUGUAUGUGAAACACUUUGUAACCUGUAAAGCCUGUGCACACGUGUGGGUGACUGUU